ACAACCGAUGAGAGAGGGAAUCUGUCUGAAUCCAAAAGGAUGUCGAGUUCAUGUCCAGCACAAGUGAAAUCCCAAGCUCAAAAUUCACUGAUUAGCCGAGCAAAUACUGUGGGCAUAAUUGGAGGGGUUUCUGUUUUGUCCACUCUUGUUUUCCUUGAGAAACUCGUGUGGUGGAGCUCGAGAAAUGGAGAAGAGAGUGUGCCUUUUGUGGUCUGCAGCGAUCCAGCCAUCGAUGGGGUGCUUGUUUCUUCAUCUUUCGACGAAACGGAUCUAACGAAGCGAUUAUCCUGAAUCUCAGGCACAAAAGAGUGUUCCUCGAAGAGUCUGGCGCUCGAUGCAUGGUUAUGCCAUGCCAUAUCUCAAAUGCAUGGCAUGAAAAGAUAUCUGAUGGCUGCUCAUUGCCGUUUUUUCAUAUUGGUGAAUGUGUUGCCGAAGAGCUCAAGGAAGCAAAACUUAAAAAUCACAAUACUGGGAGUAAUGUGCGGAUCGGGGUGCUUGCCACCAGUGAGAUAACUGCUGCUGGUUCUUACCAGGAAAAGCUAGGGAAUCAGGGGUUUGAGGUUGUCUUGCCAGACAAGGCAACCAUGGAACACAUUCUAGUUCCCGCUAUCUACUCAUUGAACAAACGAGACAUCAAAGGGGAUCAGAACCUCUUAAGAAUCGCAAUCCAGGUCCUUUUGAUAAGGGCUGUGAAUGUUGUCGUCCUUGCCUCCGAUGAACUUCAGAAUAUUUUACCUUGAGAAGAUCCGUUUCUCAAGAAAUGCAUCGAUCCUAUGGACGCCUAAGCUAGAUCAAUUAUAAAAUGGGCUAAAUCUGAAAAA